UUAAUGCUCCGGGUGCACAUACGGUGAACUUGGAUACUGCGAUUUCUUUUGGUUCUUUUUGUAAUACAAAAGUGCACGAUAAAGAGAUUCCCAAGGAUGGUGAGGUUCCUACAUCUUGCCGUCGCUUGUUUAGGACGCCUCCAGCAUCACCGGCGAGAUCCGUGUUUCUUCCAGGUCAUGCAGGUACUACAUCGGAACCCUCCGAGAGGGCUACUGAUGCUAGUAAUAUGUCUGCUAUUGCAUGCGACGAGGUUAUUGCGGCAGCUCCGAAAGAUGCUGAUAAGCUUGCAGUGAUACAACCUUCUAUCACUGCAAAUUGUUCUCCUACAGCUGCAAAUUCUGGGCUGGGUUCUCGUGCCAAUGCGGAGACUGCUGAUAGAAGUGGGGUUUUAGGCGCAAUAGCAGGGGAAAAGCACUUGACCGUGUUCGCAGGCGAGCACCCUUUGCCUCGGUCUGCUACUCCGCACAAGCUGAUGCCACAAGAGGUGGCACAUACGUGUGCCCAGAACAUUGGCUUUAUGCAUGGGGACUUUCCUAGAUCGCCAACAAGGGAGCAAUUGAUCGCUUUUGGUGGAAUUUCUGAGCCGGCUUUCAAUGGGAUUCGUUCCAGCGAUCGUAUCCGCGCUCAGCCCAAUGCUGAUGUUUCUCAAAUGGAGAGAGCAAUUCAACUUGCCCAGCAACGUGAUAAUCAAGGCAAGCAGGUUGAAGAGAACGUGUACAAACCAGAAGAGCUACCAUGCCCACUCAAGAAAAAGCAGGAAGAUAAAGAGUGGACUGGGAAGCCUAAGAAGUUGACUAGAAACCUAGGGAAGAACAAGACAAGCAUAUAUAUAGUGAAAGAGCUCCUUGAACCUCAAGGCAUUUAA